AUGUGGUUCUCUGCAAAUAUGGUUAUUGCAUCUUAUACCUUAGGUGGUCUAGGACCCAUCGUAUAUAAUCUUAAUUUUGGAACAUCAGUACUAGUUAUUAUAUUCUUCAAUAUUUUGGGGUUACUAUCAGUAGCAUUUUUUUCUGUGUUUGGGGCAGAGUUUGGAUUAAGACAAAUGAUUUUAUCAAGAUUCCUUCUGGGGAAUGUUACCGCGAGGAUAUUUGCCCUUAUUAAUAUCAUUGCAUGUGUUGGUUGGGGGAUCGUCAAUACGGUGGCAUCAGCUCAAUUAUUGAACAUGGUUAAUCAAGGGAAUAGCUGUCCCCUUUGGGCAGGUUGUUUGGUUAUCGUUGGAUGUACCGUUUUAGUGACAUUUUUCGGUUAUAAUAUUAUUCAUGCUUAUGAAAAAUGGUCAUGGAUCCCUAAUUUUGCUGUGUUUUUAGUUAUUAUUGCUCGUUUGAAAAUGUCUGGUAAUUUUUCUGGUGGUGAAUGGACAUCUGGCCCAACAACUGCUGGGGGUGUUCUUUCAUUCGGAUCUGCUGUGUUUGGGUUUGCUACUGGGUGGACAACAUAUGCUGCAGAUUAUACUGUCUAUAUGCCAAGACGUACAAAUAAGUAUAAGAUCUUCUUUUCCCUGGUGGCAGGUUUAUCAUUCCCAUUAUUUUUCACUAUGAUCCUUGGUGCUGCCUCAGCUAGAGCGGCUGUUAACACUCCUGAAUGGAUGGCAUACUACGAUAAAAAUGGGUUGGGUGGGGUUACUUACGCUAUCCUGGUUCCAAACUCAUUACAUGGAUUUGGUGAAUUUUGUUGUGUGUUACUAGCGAUGUCUACAGUGGCAAAUAACAUUCCUAACAUGUAUACCAUUGCAUUGUCUGUGCAAGCGCUUUAUCAUCCAUUUUCGAAAGUACCAAGAGUUGUUUGGACCAUGUUAGGUAAUGCUGCAACAGUAGGUAUUGCUAUUCCAGCCUGUUAUUACUUUGAUGAAUUCAUGCAAUAUUUUAUGGACUCCAUUGGUUAUUAUUUAGCCAUAUACAUUGCAAUUUCGUGCUCUGAGCAUUUUAUAUAUAGAAAGGGAUUCAAGGGUUAUAAUAUCGAGGAUUGGAAUAAUUCAAAAAAACUACCAAUUGGUAUUGCUGGUACCUCUGCAUUGAUUGUUGGUGCCUUUGGAGUCGCCCUUGGUAUGUGUCAAGUUUACUGGGAGGGUGAAAUUGGACGUUUGAUUGGGGAUAACGGUGGUGACAUUGGUUUUGAAUUAGGUGCAAGUUGGGCUUUCAUAACUUAUAACAUCUUGAGACCCCUAGAGUUGAAGUAUAUGGGACGUUGA